UGUAGAUGGCUGUCGCUGUCAGUCACAUCAAGUCAAAUCAUAGCGAAGCAAAUCAAAGAAGCAGCAGGAAUUGAAAGCAAACAGUGGAAACCAUCAAAUAAAACAGCGAGCGAUAAACGAUACACAAAUAACAGUGAAACUAGUAGCUUACGCUACAAUCCUGGCGGUAGUCUUGUUCUAAUUAAAUUAAGUCCAUGACCAAGAAUGGCUACGACAGCGUACGUACACGACGCUGAUGGCUGUAAAUUUAUACCGGCUACUCAAAGGCCAGACGGCACUUGGCGUAAACCGCGUAAAAUAAAAGAAGGGUAUGUACCCCAAGAAGAGGUGCCGCUAUAUGAGAGCAAAGGCAAGCAGUUUAAAGCACGGCAGACUACGGGUUUGCCUGUAGGUCUUACACCAGAAAUUGUGGCCGAAUCUCAGAGGCCCAAGAAGAGCCAAAGUGGUGUGAUACAACCUAUACCUGGCAUGAUCAUAAAUGUUGAGAAGAAGAAGAAGAAAAAGAAGACUGGAGCUGAAGAAGCAGCAGAAAAACUUGCCAAAUGCGAAAUCACCGAGCCCGUAUUCAACACACCGUCUUCCCAGCCUACUGCCACCGUACAAAGCGAUCCCGCUAAACGGCUCAAAAAUCUCAGAAAAAAGUUACGGGACAUUGAAGCUCUUCAGGAGAAAAUACAAACGGGAUCACUAAAGAACCCAGAUAAAGAUCAAAAAGAAAAGAUUUCAAAGAAAAAGGAGAUAUUAAGAGAAAUUGAAUUAUUAGAAGGACAUACUAGUUAAGCAAUUGUUUUGAGUUAAGCCAAUAUUGAUGGAAUAUUAUGAAAAUGUAAUCAUGUAUCUGAUUAAACUGUGUUGUCUUGUGAGGGUGCAUCAAUGAAAUGUUUCAGUUCAUUAUAAAUAAAUUAUUUUAUUUCU